GAGUCGGCUCGGGCUCUUCCGUUUCGCGCCUUAGUCGGCUUCCGGUUGUGCACCGGAACGGAUGUGUUUGAGUAUUUUAUAACGAGAAACAACGUUCAAUAUCAAACAAAUUCAAAGGAACUCUAAAGUUCUCCAAGUACCGACGUGUCUGAUCGAAUAUUUCUCUGUCUAUCAUCUGACCUCGAGAGGACGGUAGUGGAAAAGAUAGGCUUCGAAUACGAGUUCAUGAAACGUGUUUGCGUCGAUAAAAUAUGUGUUCCAAUAUUAAUGAUAUCGAUGAGAAUGUUGAACAUGAUACAAAAGUCGGAUAACGAAAACGUCGCCGUCGACGACGUCGGCCUCUGCACGCACGCGAGUUUGAUCGACCGCGAGUUGUUCGCCACGGCCUUGAUGCAUUAGACGACCGUGGAUGCAUCGGACGCAAUCAGAAUGUCAUUCUUCGGGCGGAAAAUGGGUGGCAGGAGCAGUGGAAGCUCCGAGCACACCGGUCAUAACUUACAGGACGGUCUGUUUCAAAUUGCGUCGCAAGCUUGCCAUAUCCUGGUGCAAGUAAAUAACACGCACAAUGUGUCUUAUGGAGGUAGCAAUAAUGUGAAUAAUAUCGCGUAUUCGAAAUAUACUACGGCUGGCGGCCCAACCGCCCCGACAACGUCGUCAUCAACAAAAGGGACAACCGCUGACAAAACUUACCCAAAGUAUGCAGAGCCUAGGAAUAAAGACCAAGAUGUGGUUGUAUUGUUACCAAAUCGUAAGAACAGGGCACCACGACUUAAGCACAAAUUGUCGACCGUGUCCGAAAAUGCACGGCUAGAUGUAAACUCUCCGGGCGGUGACGAUGACUUUGAGUUAUGGGACCAGUCUGGAUUUAUGUUAAGGAGCGAUGUGGACGAUCCUCUUACAAAUGCAAAAUGGGGAGCGCAGAGUUGGUGCAGACCCAGUUGCAUACCGAUAACGAUCAUAUUGAUUUUGAUCGUCCUGGUUGUACUUUUGCCAUUGUUGGACCACGCGGCAGACAAGAACAUGUUAAAUGCCACGGCAUUGGAUUCGGAAUCUACGUGCAUGGAUCAUUGCAAUAUAUCCUUAGUAGAAACUAUACCCAUAGGCUUAAAUUACAGUAAUAAUACGGCGCGACAGGAGACCAUCUAUGAUUCAUGGAUGGAUCUGAUCGAAAUGGCACAGAACACCAUUGAAAUCGCAUCGCUUUACUGGACAAUGAGGAAGGAAGAUGUGUCUCCUUUCGAUGAUAGUGCUAAAAAGGGAGAACAAGUGUUCCAGGCGCUCUUAGAAGCUGGAAAAGAUAGACAGAACGUUAAAAUUGCACAGAAUCUUCCUUCUCACUUGUCCCCGAAUAUCGAUACACAAAUCUUGGCAAGAAAAGCUAACGCAAUGGUAAGAGACUUAAAUUUUGCUGGAUUGUUGGGCGGCGGAGUACUUCAUACAAAAUUGUGGCUUAUCGAUCGUACUCACGUGUACGUUGGUUCAGCAAAUAUGGAUUGGAGAUCUCUCUCGCAAGUAAAGGAACUCGGUUUGGUGGCGCUAAAUUGUUCCUGCUUAGCAAACGAUUAUGCUAAAAUAUUUGAUGUAUAUUGGAAAUUAGGAGAAGACGGUAAAGUACCUUCCACAUGGCCAGAUUCUCUCAGCACAAAAAUAAAUAUAGAUAAUCCUAUGAAUUUUACAUACAUGGAAAAUAAGUACAAAAUGUUUAUCGCGAGCUCACCUCCGCCAUUCUCGCCGAAAGGCAGAAGCAACGAUCUAGACGCGAUUUUGCACUGUAUUGCUAAAGCGGAAAAGUUUAUUUAUAUCUCUGUGAUGGAUUAUUUUCCAUUAACAAUAUAUACUGCACAAGUGAAAUAUUGGCCUAUAAUAGACAAUGCUUUGAGAGCGGCAGCAAUCGAGCGUAAAAUAAACGUGCGUCUCUUGAUUUCCUGGUGGAAACACUCAAGAAAGUCGGAAUCGUAUUUUCUUAAAUCAUUGGAAGAACUGACAAACUCCUACACCAAUGUCAAAGUCGAAGUAAAAAGAUUUAUCGUACCAACUAACUCGUCCUUAGACAGAAUACCGUUCGCAAGAGUGAAUCACAAUAAGUAUAUGGUCACCGAUAUAGCGGCUUACAUAGGAACGAGUAAUUGGUCGGGUGAUUACUUUAUUGACACAGCCGGUAUCGGUACCGUAUUCGAAAGCGUUGGACGUCAAAAUAGGGACAAUAUAAGACAACAGCUGGAAAAUAUCUUCCACCGCGAUUGGUAUUCCAACUAUUCUUUCCCGCUACUUUCCAACUAUAAUAUAAGUGAGACGCGUUCCGAAAACUCAUGGGGUUUAUCGAGAAAUUCAUAUCAGCGUUCGUCAUAUGAACAUUAUUUGCAUGCAUAAUUAUAAUAUCUACUCGCCUUAAUCAUGAUUUUUAAUCGUGACAAAUUUUAUCAUAUCAAUUUAUAAAAAGAGAAUUUAUUUCUUAUUUGUGAUUUAUAUAGAAUUUAUUUGAUUUCUCAACAGAAACAAACAAAUUCA